UGUGAUUGUUUACUCAUUUCCUACUGCUUGGAAAAUUGACGAACGACUUGAAUAUUUAAAUUGGUGACGUGGAAUCGUUUUUUUCCCUAUUGGAAACUUGGAAUGGAGUUCCAUUUCGACGACGACGAUUUAAUAUGGAACAUUUCCAAUGAAAAACCCGUUCACAGUCGGUUUGAUAGUCUUUUGAAAAAUCAAUGGGAAAUCGCUGCAGAGGCUGGUGUGUGCCGGUAUCGACUCACCAACUUGCAAACUAAAAUUCUUCCGGGGAAAUAUGGAUUCGUUGCACAGCUGAAUUCAGACAGGGCAACCCAGCGGCGGCUGCCCCAAAACUUGCAGAAAGUCAACAGUCCUUUUGAUGGCACUCUGUUCAACUUCAACAAAGUUCCUGCCCAAGAGGUUUUGUUGAAGCCUGGCAAUAAAGCAGCAGCAGCGGCAGCAACUUCUGGCAAAAUAAAGGACAAUGAGGCUACUGAUGCUGUUGUCAUAAUCAAUGUCAGUCCUUUGGAGUUUGGCAACAGUCUACUUGUCCCUAAUGUGACAGCAAACAUCCCUCAGAGAAUCACCCAAGAGGGACUUGAUCUCCUUGUGAGGCUAAUGCUCCUGAGCACUGAUGUGAAUUUGAAGGCCGGUUUCAACAGCCCCGGAGGAUAUGCAUCUGUCAAUCAUCAGCAUUACCAUCUCUAUUAUCUGCGUGAGAGGCUCUACCUGGAAACAGCGGCUGUGGAGCCAGUCGCUGGGCCUUGUUUCGCUUUAACUGAUUUCCCAUCGAAAGGAUUCGCAUUUCAGCUGACGGAUAACGAUCCAGCACUCCUCGCCAAGAACGUGUUUACUUUGGUCUCUUACCUUUGCGCCAACGAGAUUGCCCAUAAUCUGUUCGUGACUCGAGGGAAACGCUUCGAAGGAACUCUUACCACCGCCGAUAUCUACGAUACGCUGCGCGUGUUCGUCUGGGCCAGAGAACCUGCAUUCGGAGUCAAAGAAGAAAUAGGAUUUAACCCUGCGCUUUGCGAGCUGGCCGGCCACCUUUUGAUCAAAGAGCCACCAGCCUACCAGGUCGUGACGGAAAAAGAAGCCGCCCAACUGCUGGACAGCAUCACGGCACCCUGGUUCGAGCGCGUAAGCGCCCAGAUUGCCCAUCUCUUUGCUUUUGCCACGUAGUCAAAAACGAUCGCUCCCAGUUGACAGAUGACUGACGAAAAUGACCCUGUUGUAAUUAAAUCGCGCCAGCUUUUUUCUCUCGCCCAGCUCAACUGGUUCCGUGAGGUGGUGCACAGCACAGACAACAGUAACGAUUUUUCGGUUUAUUUCGGUUUGCAUCAAUUUUCAUUUGGAGCCGGGCCACGUUUGGCUGGGUUGAAACAAUUUCAGGUCGUUUGCUGUUUUUGCCUUCGUUGUCUCUUACAAAACGCUGACCAGUGAAACACAGUUGUUUAAACUA